ACAAAAUUUCUAAUACAGGUUAAUUUUGAUAACCUAAUGCGUAAUAAAGAAAAAGUGAUUAAUUAAGAAAUUAAAAGUUGUUUGUAUAAAAAUAAAGUGAAAUAAUUUUUGUCACUAGUACAGCUGGAGAAGUCUUUGACAAAACAACACUCGCAAAAAAUGGCGUGUUUUAAAAUUUUAAGCAUAUUUAUGGUCCUGUUCUUAGUACAGAAUGCUUGGGGUAAGGCCAUAGAUCGCUCUUCGGAAUCUUCAUUUUCUUCUGCCGAAAUAGAAGAAAUUAGAAAAAAUCCCACUUCUUCACAAAAACUUAUGCUCUUCACUUAUGACAAUUUUAUAACUUUGGCUAAACAUUACUCCGCAAAUGCUGCCAAUAUUAGUCGUCUCGUGCUCAAAGAUGAAGCCAUGAUGGCCAACGAUAAACCCGAAGUUUUGGAAGUUAAGAAAAAUUUAACCUUGUAUUUGGAACAGUAUGAAUCUAAUAAAAAAGAAAAAGAUUUAUGGGAUGUUUUGGAAAUUUAUACCGAUACAGUCGAUAAAUAUAUUGACAUGCCCGAAGAUAAAAUUACACCCGAAUCUACUUUUAUCGAGGAAAUCUUAAAGAAAUACAAUGCCCAAGAUGUUGUAUUGGAAUUUGCUGUUGAAUUCAUUUCGUUUAUGUCCAAUUUCAGUAAGAUAUUCGAAGAGGAGAAAGAACAUUUGGAUAAGACCAUGUUGGAUUGGUAUGAAAAGUACUCGUCUAUAUCGGAUUUCGAAGAAAAAGUUGAUACCUUUGGAGAAUUUUUCGAUUUGAUUGACUAAAAAAUGGACUGUAUUAAGGAUUUUUAAUUGAAUAAAAAAAUCUAAUUAUUGUGAAUAA